AUCUUAACCAAUUACUUUUUAAUUAUUUAUUUUGUUCGUUAAUUUUCUAUCCCCGUGACCAAUUAUAAGCAUUCACCAUACCCCCUAUGAAAUAUGAUUCCUAAGCCCAUGAGAGAGAGAAGAAUUAGAAAGAAGAAAAAAAUACUCUAUAUGACGUAGAAAAAUGAUUGAAUGCAAAUUGUAUAAAUAAUAGGAGCCAUCCCAUUGUAUUACUUAGGAAGAAAUUACACAAACCUUCCUCAAGAGUUCCUACUCUUCUAUUAACCUAAAUCUUAUCCUCAUUAUUCUCUUCAAAUCCUGAAAUGGGCGCUGAAAAGCCUAGAUCUUGUGCAACCUACUUUGAGAAUUCUAAACCCUACUUUGCCAUGAUCCUUUUACAGUUUGGCUAUGCAGGCAUGAACAUCAUAACCAAGCUUUCUCUCAAUGGAGGGAUGAGUCACUAUGUCCUCGUUGUUUAUCGCCAUGCUUUUGCAACUAUUGCUAUAGCUCCGUUCGCCAUUAUCUUCGAAUGGAAGGAUCAACCAAAGAUUACAUUUUCAGUUUUCAUGCAAAUUUUACUCCUAGCUUUGCUUGGGCCAGUGAUAGAUCAAAACUUCUACUAUGCUGGGUUGAAAUUAACAUCCCCAACAUUCUCAUGUGCAAUGAGCAACAUGCUUCCAGCUAUGACUUUUGUGAUGGCGGUGUUAUGCAGGAUGGAAAUAGUCAACUUGAAGAAGUUAAGAUGCCAAGCAAAGGUGAUUGGAACCAUUUUAACUGUGGCUGGGGCAAUGUUGAUGACCUUGUACAAAGGACCAGUUUUGGAGUUGAUGUGGACUAAAUAUAUACCUCAUAGUAAUGCAAAUAUUACAAGUUCCUCAAGCAAGGAUAAUUGGUUCUUAGGCUCCAUUUUACUAAUCAUUGCUACUCUUGCAUGGUCAUCCCUCUUUGUGUUACAAGCUAAAGCUAUAGAAACAUACAAGAAUCAUCAGCUAACACUCACAUCACUUAUAUGUUUCUUUGGCACGAUUCUAGCUUUUGCUACCACUUUGAUUAUGGAAAACAAAGAUUCUGUGUGGACAAUUGGUUGGGAUAUGAAUUUAUUAGCUGCUGCCUAUGCGGGCAUUGUUACAUCAAGUAUAUCAUACUACAUACAAGGAUUGGUAAUAAAAAAGAAAGGGCCUGUUUUUGCAACUUCAUUUAGCCCUUUGAUGAUGAUCAUUGUAGCCAUUAUGGGAUUCUUUAUCCUUGCAGAGCAGCUUUUUCUUGGAAGCGUGAUUGGUUCCAUAUUGGUUGUCAUAGGCUUAUAUUCUGUUUUGUGGGGAAAGCACAAAGAACAAGUGGAAUGUAAAGUGUCGCCAGAUGAUAUACCCUUGCCUAUAAAGAGUGCUCGGAUAAAUGGAAAUAUGGGAGCAUUUUCUGCAUCCUUUGAUAAACACAGUGAAGUAAAGUUGGAUCAGAAAGAAGAAUCAAACAUUUCUUUAGUUAUUAUAAAUUACAAUAGAAGUUAAUUAAAUAACCAAAGACAUAAGUAAUCUAAUUCAUAUGCAAUUGCGAACUAUAAUAUUGGAUCGAAUGAUGAAAUUUUUGUUGGUCAAUUGUGUAAGUGUUUGUUGUUACCCUAUUAAAGCAUUUGUAUAUGCUUUAUCCAAUAUAGACUUGACAAGAUUUAGGGUUAUAUAUAGCAUAAUUAUGCACUGUGGUGGAGGAUAAUUAAAAGAGUGGUAGAAGAUUUGGAAGCAAAGGUUUUCACUACCUUAAAUGAUUCAACCUUAAGGAAGAAGGGUUGUAAUCAACUAUGUUCAUUGAAACGUGUGUUAAAACCAGUAAGGAUGUAAUGAACAAAAAAUCCUUGUGUUAAAAUCAGUAAGGAUGUAAUAAACACGAAGAUGAUUCAAUCUGGGAGUGUGCUCCUCCUCAAGGUCUCAGAUUCGAUUCUCUCUAGUGCCAAUUUGAGCAGUUAGUUUAGCUUCUUCAAAAAAAAAAAAAAAAAAACACGAAGAUGAUCCAAUUAUAU